CUGACCAAUGCCAAAAUCCAGUCGAAGGGGAAAAAAGAGCGAUGGGGACCGGCGGCGCCCAAGAGGUCACGUCGUCGAUGGCUCUGAGGAGCGGAAUGACCUUGUGCGACGACAACCCCCUCGAAGAGAAGGGAAGAGGGAUGGGGAGCGGUGGCGCACAAGCCGUCUCAUCGUCGAUGACUCUGCGCCGGCGGAGCCGCGACGAUCCAAACGAAGAGAAAAGAAGUGGGGUUGAGAGAGGCGGAGCACAAGCGGUUGUAUCGUCGACGGCUCCCCGGAGCAUAGUGGCCUUGGGCGCCGACGGGCGUCCCCUCGACGGCGUCGUGCGUGCUGAACUGCUUUGGAAAUUGAAGCAUGGCGAUGGAUCCAUCUACAGAAGCGACGGUUAUUGGGCUAAAGUUUACCGUCUCUAUGAUACCAGCGAGACUUGUCUGGAGCCAAUGAUGAUGACUGUGCCUUAUGACAGUUGCAUGCCUAACUGGAGGGUCUGUGGAAGGCAUUCAUAUUGCGCCAUGAUGCAGAUAUUCUCGCUGAAGCUAGCUAACACAUCGUAUGUUGGUGACCCAGUUGAGUUGUAUGGCUACGUGGCUGUCAGAGAUCUGUUGAACCCUAUGCGCAACUAUGUCUUCAACCGUACAAGAGAUGAUCCUUUCAUUGUGGGGCAUGAUGGCCUCAUACAGAUGUCUGGUCCUAAGAGAGGCAUCAGAAUGGAAGCUACUGUGCUAAUCGAGUUUGACCUGAAGAUUAAGACAGGAGGAGAAGAAUGUGGUGAUCUAGAGCUCAUUGAUGGUGUUGCCCAAUUCAGCGACAGAGGCACAGGCCACGCUAGGGUAAUCACACGACGAUUGGAUGGUGAUUGUGGCUCAGUGGACAUAACGUUUGCACUUCUGGAACAAGCCUCGGAGGCCACUAUACAGGUUGGGAUAUCAGAAAUUCAGCAGGACAGUUGCUUAAGCCUGUGUUUGGUAGGGUCUUACACUAGCCCAUCUUAUGCUGCACGUGGCAAAAUCCAGCUGUUUGAUGGGGUUAUCGCUGCCGAGACAUCUGAGCUAACCAGGGCCGUGGUUGCUGUGGCGCAAGAUGCAAAGUUGGUUGUAACAUUGAAGCUCAGUCAGAAGGGUGGGCCGGACAUCUAUCGAUGCGAUGUUUUCCGGGUUGAAAAACAUGGAACUCAGAGCCGGCCUUUCUAUUUUGGUUUGGCCAAAGUGGAGGUGAUGGUAACUUGGUCAACUAUGGAUAUUCCCUACAAUCUUCUUGGGCCUAAUUGCUUUAGGUACGAGUUCCAGGCAUCUGAUGGCAUUGAGUUUGACGAUUGAUAAUUGCACUUGUAAGAAAACUAGCACUCCUAACCCACUCCGUAUACCAUAAUGUCUUAUGUCUAUCUCAGUUGUGUACUACUACUUGAUAGCAUAUUCAAGUGUUCUGAAACCUACCCAUGCGAAUGUGAGAUAACACCAGUUUGUGGUGUCAUGAAAAAUUGUUGCACUCUUUGCUUUG